CCAUCCCUUCCUUGUUUGGAAGUGUAAUGGGCGGCACCAUAUGGGUGUGGAUCUAUAAAUCUAGUGGAUCACAGCAGUCCGACUAGGCUGGAACGGUCCUCUGCUUGAACUCAGCUCACAUACAACAAGAAACAUGAACAAAGUCUUUCUCGGAAUCUUUGCAGUUGCUCUUUAUUUUGCAGUGGGUCAGGCGCUGCAGUGUUAUGAGUGUAAACUGGGUUUCUGGAAUCUUUGCAUUACAAGCAAAAAGACAUGUGAUGCUGGAGAGCACUGCUUCAGCGGGGUAGGGAAAGCUGGUGGAUUAGUGGAUAUCAAGAUGAAAGGAUGUCUUGAAGUGUCCAAAUGCAACAAAACUGAACAGGUGAAUUUCCCAUCCAACUCAAGCACCAACAUAUAUGCCAUGAUGAAGACGUGCUGCUCUACUGACCUGUGUAACUCGGCUCCAGCUCACUUUCACAUGUCUGCUGUCAGCAUGGCCUCCGCUACCAUCAGCUCUGUCUUCAUGGUCAAAUUCCUCAUUUGAGGAGGAUUAUUUUAGCUCACACAUUAUAAAUACACAGCAUCACUGAGCAAAUCAUGUAUACUAAACAAGCCAAAUUAAUUUGUUGCAAAAUAAUUUAUGGAUUGAAUACUCAAGAAAGGUCACACACUGGAAUUUGAAAAGUUUUUAGUAGAUUGCCCAGUAGUAAUAAUUUCAACAUACCAUCAAGUUAACACUUUUUCUACAUAGAAACAUAGCAUGAAUUUAUUGAAUAUCAGCAAUGAAGACCAUUCUGGCUAUAGAUACAGUAAGCACCUCACCCUAGAGGUCUACACGGGUCCAAAAAGACCCCCGUAAAUGUGCUACACUGAACCGACCCGGACCCGUCUGUUAUUUUGAAAGUUGCAGAAUCGAGAAAUCUCAAAAAUGUACUACCCGGAACCGACGCAGCUUGUCAAUUAUUUGAAAGCUGGACCCGAACCCGGCCGGGAAGACACAGACCCGACUGGACCCGAUCGCCACGUCUUCCACAGCAAAUUGCUAUUAACAAAUGGAUAAACAAGUUGCGAAAAUUAAACUUUUUGUCUUACCUAAUAUAAGAAGCCUUCUCCCUUGUACCUGACUGUGAUGUACACAAUCCUCCUUGCCAAGAAAGUUCCAUCCAUGUUACUCCUCUCUUGCCGCUUGAAAUGCUUAAUCCACUCAUUAUUCCAGCUUCAAAAGUCCACUUGCUGUCACGGUGACGGAUGACAAAUGCGACUUGUGCCAUGGCAGCUGAUGUUAGCUUUACUUAUUUGCUAUCAUCUCUGUGCUCUCUGAGCCGAGACUGAGCAAAAAUAACAACGAGAUGGUUAUUUUUUA